AUGGCCAGGUUUUAUGAAAGUUAUUGCCAUCAACUAAGGCUAUGGGAUUCACAGACAACCAUUCCUCCAAUUCAAAGAUUUUUCGAAUUGGUGGAUAGUUUAAAGACAAACAAAGAGAUUGGAGCAUUAUCAGAAUUUGUGUCAAGAGAAGUUAUAGAAAAAGUAAACGCUAACAGUGUAACUAUCAUUGAAGACGCGAUAAAUUUGCUAAAACGUAAAUUUGAAAAAACAAUCUUGGAAAAAAUGUCUGAAUUGGUUUCUGAAAUACAAAAAUUUGAACAGAAAGAUAAAGAAACAGGUGAAGAGUAUCUGAAUAGAUUCGAGAAUCUUUUAGUGAAAAUGGAUAGAGUAAACUUUGGAUCACAGUGGAAGUUAUGGACUAUAGUUUUGUUUUUAGAUAAGUCUAAAUUAGAAACAACAGAAAAAAUUUCAAUUAUGAAACAACUAAAAAAUGUUGAAGAUAAAGUGACCAUAGAAAUUUGUAAACAGGAGUUCAAGGAACUAAAGAUAGAAAACCAAAGACCCGAAAAGGAAUUGGACGUAUUUUAUACAAAUAGACAAAGAUCUACAUCUAGAUCAAAUGAUAUGCAAAGAAAUAGGAGACCAUACUCUCGUUCGAGAGACAGAAGCCAAAACAUGAGAGAGUCAGGAAGCAGAUAUCAGAGUAGAAGACAUUACUCUCGAUCAGGAGAUAGAAACCGAAACAGAAUAGACUCCUUUAAACGAAGAGAGCCUUCAGAAAGAAGUGAAGAUCCUAAAGAGUUUGAAAGGAAUGGGCAAAAUCGUCCGAUGUAG